CUUGGGCGGCGGCGGAGCUGGUAACCUCCGUGGUAGCAGCUGCGGCAACAACAACAUUGACUGUUAGAGAUGGCGGCGGCUGCAGCAGGACCUGCAACAUCCCAAAGGUUUUUCCGGAGCUUCUCAGAUGCUCUGAUUGACGAGGACCCCCAGGCGGCGUUAGAGGAGCUGACUAAGGCUUUGGAACAGAAACCAGACGAUGCACAAUAUUGUCAAAGAGCUUAUUGUCACAUCCUUCUUGGGAAUUACUGUGAUGCUAUUGCUGAUGCGAAGAAAUCUCUUGAACUUAAUCCAAAUAAUCCCACUGCUAUGCUGAGAAAAGGGAUAUGUGAAUACCAUAAAAAAAACUAUACUGCUGCUCUAGAAACAUUUACAGAAGGACAGAAAUUAGAUAGUGCGGAUGCUGAUUUUAUUGUCUGGAUUAAAAGGUGUCAAGAAGCUCAGGAUGAGUCACAAUCAAAGGUGUCUGUACCCCAGAUGUCUCAUCAGUCAAAAAUCAAGUAUGACUGGUAUCAAACAGAAUCUCAAGUAAUCAUUACACUUAUGAUCAAGAAUGUUCAGAAGAAUGAUGUAAAUGUGGAAUUUUCAGAAAAAGAGUUGUCUGCUUUGGUGAAACUUUCUUCUGGAGAGGAUUACAAUUUAAAACUGAGACUUCUUCAUCCUAUAAUACCAGAACAGAGCACAUUUAAAGUACUUUCAACAAAGAUUGAAAUUAAAAUGAAAAAGCCAGAGGCUGUGAGAUGGGAAAAACUAGAGGGACAAGGAGAUGAGCCUAAGUCAAAACAGUUCAUAACAGAUGUAAAGAACCUAUAUCCAUCAUCAUCUCUUUAUACAAGAAAUUGGGAUAAAUUGGUUGGAGAGAUCAAAGAAGAAGAAAAGAAUGAGAAGUUGGAAGGAGAUGCAGCUUUAAACAAAUUAUUUCAGCAGAUCUAUUCAGAUGGUUCUGAUGAAGUGAAACGUGCCAUGAACAAAUCAUUUAUGGAGUCUGGUGGUACAGUUUUGAGUACCAACUGGUCUGAUGUAGGUAAAAGGAAAGUUGAAAUCAAUCCUCCUGAUGAUAUGGAAUGGAAAAAGUAUUAAAUAAAUUAAUUUGCUAUUACUGCAUUGCAUAUAUUCACCUAAUGCCCAUUGUGUAUUAAUAUUGCAUUCUUGAAUUUUGAACACUGAGUACCUUUUUCAAAGAUUAUACCUCUUUACCUCUCUGUGCUCUAGAAAUUAUUUUCCUUCAAGUGUUCAGAGUCUAAUGAAGAAUGAAGGUCAUAUUUUAUCACUCUGUCCUUAAGGAUUUUAGACAUGCUGAAACGGAGUGAGGUAUCAUUUGCUACUGGAUAGAUUAGUUCUACCUAGUUAUGGGAGUGGAGGAAUUGUUCAUGGGAUAUCUUGGGUUAUUGCCUUAUUUUCGAUGCAGCAUUCUGUUAAUAAUUUAUCAGACUUGGCAACUUUGGGUGAGCAUAGAUUUUUCAACUUCAGUGUUAUAUUGUUUGCUUUUAAAAACUGCUUUUGAAUUGAAUUGUAAAUACAAUUUUUUCUAUGAAGAAGUUUGGUUUAUUUACCUUUUUCUUAAGUUUUUAAUGAGAACUUUGAGAAAUUAUUUAUCACAGGGAAAUUCCCAUUUGGUUCUUCUUAUGGGAAGUAUUUGUAAUUGCACUGAGAUUUCGAUCCUUAUCUUCAAAUUUCUGUAUAAAAACACAGACACCUGAGUUGAACAUGCUGCAGAUUGAACUGUACUGAAGGUUAAUCUGUGAAGAUGAGAACAGAGAGUGAUUUAGGAAAGCCCAGCUUCACUUCUUGCUGCUUUUGCCACAGCAGGAUUCCUGAAAUUACAGCACUGGUGGGUUGGUUUGGUUUUUGUAGGGUUUGUUUUUUUGUUUGUUUUAUUAUUUUUUUCUUUAUUAGAAAGUCUCACAUCCCUGUGAUUACUUUGGUUUCAGUGAUUUAGGGUAGCUCCUGGGAGAGUAAACUAAUAUGUAUCUAUUUAGUAACAUUUUGUGGUAAGGCACUACUGUAUGCCUCCAUAGCUGAGGAUUGGAUGAAUGGGAGGCAAAUGAUCAGCCAUCAUUUCAGCCUCCAAAAGAGUGGGCUAGCCUCUUCUAGUCAUGAAGUGUAGGGUUGUUCAUAAGGAAAAUGGGUGAUACCAGACCAUGCCCAAACCUGUUGUCAUAGCUUGUUUGGGGGGGGGUGGUUCACUUCUGCCCAUUUAGAGCUACAGGCUACAUUUUUUUGUUCUUGAACACUGAAGGAAAAGGUAAAAUUAAGUUCUUGAUUGUAUGAAUUUCUAAAAUUUUCUCCUUAGGGGAAAAAUUAGUGAAUUUUGCAUUCUCUAUGUUUAAAUUUCUCAGUACCAUUAGUCCUAAGGGGUAGGUAGGCUCUUUCUGCAAAGGUGAUGUCAGGGAAGAAUACUGCACUACAUCAGAGACAAGAAUCCUAGCUCUAGCAAGUCUCUGCCACUACCUGGCUUUAUAAUCUUCGAUGAGUUUAGCCUUCCUGUCUUAGUUCCUGUGUCUGUAAAUAAUCUAUAGAGUUUUAGAGGUAUAAUUAGAAGUCUUUGAUACUAAAUACAGAAACAUUUUUGUCACUUAAGAGUAAUGUUUUUCUUUCUUAUAAAUGACACUACUAUAAUAGAAAUUUGUGGGGUUUUUUUAAUUUAGUAAUAAUUUUUCUUAUAUUUGAAAGGAUACAUUAUAUAUAAAGUAUGCUUACCGAUGGGCAAGGUUUGUUUAGUGUUGGAUUCAGAAUUUUGCUGAGCCAAGUGGAGUUCCUAAUAUACAUGACUGUAUUACAAAAUUAUAAAAUAUACCUGAUCUAAAUAUAAUAGAUUUAUUGUAAAGAAGGGAAUUUGAAGUAGUUUAGACUAUUGUUCUAAAGUACUGCUAUCUUUCAGCAUCAUACAUGAUGAAAAUUUGUAAACCUCCGGGAAGUUAAAACUUCGUUUUGAUUAGGAACCCCUUAACUUGAUCCUGACUCUCUACUGUCUUAGCUUAGCUGUUACUAAUUGCUCUCACUUUCUUUCUAGAUUCCCAUUUUCAGUUCUCAAGUUUUGGUUCUCUUAGCACUCUUUGUUAACCUUUUGUUUCUUCAAAAUGUACAUGUUUUUCACUUCGUAUUUCUUUUUAAGGUUCAGUCCUGGAAUCCUUUUUUUCCCCUUUCUUAAUCUUAAAUUCUUUAUUUGUUCUGAUUUCUGUAAUCGCUUGCACCUUGAUGACUUCCCAGAAUUUUCCUACUAUCUUCAAAGAAUCUCGGAUGGGAUAAUCUACUUUGAAUUCUGCUAUCAAGUAAUCUCUUAGGUGGUUAAAACAUAGGUUUGAAACAUCAGGGUCAGUUUUGAUAAUUCUUUCUUGUAUCCUAACCCAUUUAGAGUUGGUUGCUAACUAAUAAAUACGUUCAGUCUUUAAUAUUGGCAAUUACUGGCCACUUUAAAAAAAUAAUCUGCUUUCUCCAUCUUUAUAUGGAAUGGAAGGGAAGGAUGGCUUGCAUUAAUAACUCCAAUUUUUUUAACAUUUUCAUUCCCUAGUUUUGUGAUACUAACUGCAGAAGUUAUUGUCUUCCUGACCCUGGGAGAGAAGAAUUUCUCAGCAGGCUACUACUAUACAGGACAAGGAAGAAAAAGAUUGGACUGUCCUUUAUAAAUUUUCUAGAUAAAUUUCAAUAAACAUUUAAAAU